AUGGGACUCUUUUCCAGUUCCAAGAAACCACAGACAAAGGCCGAAGUGCUUUCAGUACAGCCGACACGCACCAUCUUCCUCAAGCAGCAUAUAGGCUUGGCUAAGACGAUAACCGCCUACGACAUAACAUCAGUCGUAAAGUCGGAGUUUGCCAGUGAUGAAUUCAAGAAGGAGGCACGAGAACUAGCAAACUCGGGCUCUGUGCCGCCUUGUCUGAAGAUGUACCUCUCGAAUAUCUUCACGAAGAGAUAUUCGAUUAAGAUGCCCCUCGAACUUAUUUCUCAACCAGUCCCUGCAGAGCCGCAGGCGGACGCCGAUGUCGCUCCAGUACAACCCGCUCCGUUCUCCACAUCGAAGGCAGACCUCGUCGAGGUCAGCGAGCUCACGCUCGCGCUGUUUGCGAAUGGCGCGAAGAAGCUAACUUUCGAUCCCGAGCACACCAACAAGACGCCCAACCUUAAACUCAAACCGUGCGGAGAGUCCAGCGAGGAGGAGUCAUUCACGCUCAACGGCAUUACGUACAAGUGGCAGCUUGAAACUAAGGCCUUGACCGUCACGAAAUUCAAUCUGGUGAAACAGCUUCCCGACCGUUCACUGGUGAUUGGACGGCUUUGGGCGCCGGCGAAAUGGAUGCGCAGCUCAGCGAUUACCUUUGAUGAAGGGGAGCUGGAUUGGAUUGUGGUCAUGUCAACUUGCUGCGCCUUGAUAGCGAAGCUAGUGCAGAAGGUGGGUAAUGAUACGGGGUCCGACUUGGUGGAGAACUUAACAACAAUUCUGUCCUGA